AAAUUCUCAAAUAAAGAAACAAAUAGAAUUAGAAUUAGUUAAAAGAACUAACUUCACUCCUCAUUAGUCACAUGAUCUUCUUGUUCCCAGAAGCUCUCGAUACCAGUGUCAUUUCACAGAUCCAAAUCUACUGAGAAAAUCUCAAUCUUCAAUCUUCUCUACCGUCAUUUUCCAUGGCAAACGCCUGGAAAAGAGACAAACCCUUCCGCCUCCUCUCUCCAAAGUUACUUUUUUUACUCUUCUCUUCCACUCUCCUCUUACUCUUCCUAUACUUCUCUUUCCUCACUCCUCGUCCUUCAAACCCUAACCCUAACUUCCUCACUCUCAACACCAACCUCUUCUCAUCUUCAAUCCCUCCUUUCGAUUGCAUCAAAUCUCCGCAAGCUCAUCCAGUAGUUGCCAGCGUCGUUGAAGGUGUUCGUUACCCGUUUCUAUUUUCGCUUUCCGAUUUUGGAAACCUACCUGAUAAACCGCAUAAGAACAUUGUGAGGUUGCUUAAAGGGAAGGCUUUUCGGAAACCUGAUAUCUCUGUGACUAUUCAGGAGAUUCUUGAGAAGGCUAAGAGUGAGGGGAGUAAUGGGUUUGUUGUGGAUGUGGGGGCUAAUGUUGGGAUGGCGAGUUUUGCGGCUGCGGUGAUGGGGUUUAGGGUUUUGGCGUUUGAGCCGGUUUUUGAGAAUUUGCAGAAGAUCUGUGAAGGGAUUUACUUUAAUAGAGUUGCGGAUUUGGUUACACUCUUUGAGGCUGCUGCUUCGGAUCGUAUCGGUAACAUUACCGUUCAUAAGUUGGUUGGUAGGCUGGACAAUAGUGCGGUAUCCGCCACAGGAGCAAAGUUGGCAUUUAAGUCCAAUGAAGAAAUAGCUUUUCAAGUACGUACUGUUCCGCUUGAUGAAGUGAUUCCAACAUCAGAGCGUGUGCUUCUGCUCAAAAUAGACGUUCAGGGUUGGGAAUAUCACGUUCUCAAAGGAGCUUCAAAGUUACUCUCACGGAAGGGAAGCCAAGCUCCCUAUCUCAUAUACGAGGAAGAUGAGCGUUUAUUGCAGGCUAGUAAUAGCAGCGCUAAAGAAAUUCGAGACUUCCUCCGUAGUGUGGGUUAUCAUGAUUGCACCCAACAUGGCACAGAUGCACACUGCACCAAGAAGGAUUGAUUGGAAUUUUGGUUUGGUUUUGCAUCCCCCAUAUGGAAAAUCAAGUCAUUCCUUGUUUGUCUACACUUUCCAGGUGACUAACACCACGUCUCAGCAAAUUGUUAAGCAGUGAACAAUUUGAUGAAUUGAUUACAGAUGAUGAUGAUGGAAACCGUUGAGAUGGGUGACAGCUGCACUGCUAACCGCAAGCUGCUUAUCAACAUCAUGCAAAAGUAUCUAAUGGACAUCCAUUAUAUUCAACACGAUUCUUGUGUAGAUGUCUUUGGAUUUUACCGAGGUUUUGUAUACAAGCUUUUAGUUGUAAGUUUCCAAUUAAAUUUGUGUAUCAUACACACAGAAUACAAAAGCUUCUCAUGUUUGAUUUGUCAUAACUAGUAUGAAGUUUGAACAUAUAGGAGAUUAUAUCCUCUUCAUUCAGGAGAAACCAUGAUCUGAAUAAUUUAUAAAUGGGUAAUGUGAAAUUGUAUAUGUUCCAGUACAAAGUAAAUAACUGGCCAGCUCAAAUAAACAGAAUGUGCUAUGCAUAUGUGCUACAAGACUAAAUAAUAAAUGAAUUGUUAUCAAGCUUCAAUUUGUAUGCAACUUGAAACAUCUGAGUGCACUGCAUCAUCUUCCACUAGCCAAAAGCAACAACCCAAGCUUCAGAAACCUCCUUGCAGGAUUCCAAAGAUAUCUAAGGUUUCAAAACUGUAAUUC